AUGACUAGAUCUGCAUUUUACUAUUACCCGCAAAGCUAUGAAUGUGAUGAGUCAUCAGAAGUAUUAAAGCCCAGAGUCGAUGGGCUGUCUUGCACUUAAGAAUGUGAUGCAGGCUCAUUUUCAGAUUUCAAUAUAACUAAUAAUCGAGUUGAACAAACUUGUUCAUUAUGCCCAGCAAAUACUUACAGUGUCCCAGGACUUUUUGUAGAUGGCCAGAUGGGUGAUUGGUUAGUGUAUCACAGUUAAUAUUAAAAAAUGCAAGCUAUUUAGCCCUUUGAAUUCCAUUGCUUAUAUUUAGACUAAUUGAAAAGAUGGAUCUAGGAUAAGGACUGUGAGCCUUGGAGGCCUCUUAAGAAUGGUAUAGUAGCCGGUUAAUCCGAUCAACAUGACACUGAAGUUGCUUUUGAGAUAAUAUAUAUGGCUGAUUUUGUCAAACCUGGAUAUGUUGAGUUUAAAUACAAGAAAGAUUCAUUUCAGAUUGACAAUGUUAGAAAUGGCUUUUUUGAAUUUUUUGUCAAUGAUCAAGAGGUAUUUGUUGACAGGCUAAAUGAGAAUCAUAAAUGGAAGGUGCAAAGCUAGCAGAUUGACUCACCAGGUAAGAAGAAGCUUAGAUGGGUUUACAAGAAACAUAAUGGAUAAAAUAGUGGUACAUCUCUUCUAGUUGAACUAGAAUAUGUUAAGAUAAUUGGAACGAAAUAAGCUGCUACAGAAUGUAUCCCUUGCGUUAAAGGUUAUUCUACUAAAGGGUCUGACAGGUGUGAUUCAUGUGAGGCCAACUAUUACUUUGAUACGAAGGCUGAUAUAGAUUUGUGCAAACCUUGUGCCUAGGAUCAAUAUUCUUUCCCCGGCUCUGUAGGCCAAGAUUCUUGCAUAAAAAGGCAUCCUUGUACAGAUAAAGAUCAUAUUAUGUCAUUUAGUGAGUGUAUAGAUGGCUCAAGGUAGGUCAGCUACUAGUACAUUCAACCUAUUCAAUGUGAUUUCCGAAACUUUAUGCUUCCAGUAUAAAAGACUGAGUCAUGUACUCAGUGUACUUAGUAAAAUCAGUAUUUAAACAAAUCAAGUAAUGAAUGCUAAACUUGUCCAAAUAACACAUAUCUUUCAUAUGAAUAAGAAAUCCCAAAGUGUAUUAAAUGCCAGAGUGGACAGGAAUAAGUCAAAGAAGAAAAAUAUGAAAUGUUUGAUAAAGUUCCAGAUACAUUUCAUAAAGUCUGCACAGUGAUAAACUCAGAAGUAGCCAAUCCUAAGAUCUGUAACUUUGGUUAUGGAGUGCCUAGAGGAGUAAGAGUGAUACUGAGAAAAUAUAUUUAAAUCACUAACGAGAGAAUUGGAGAGGUUUAAAUCAAGUAUAAGGCGCUGAAACUGAAUCAGGAUGAAAAAGUUUAAAUUCUUCUAAAUGGACAUGUUAAACGUAAUUAUUUCCACUAAACACUAACUUUAGAUGAAACUCUUUAAGAUGAAAAUGACAAAGAAAUGCAAUACAAUAUAAAGCUAGAAGAGAAUAGCUACGUGCUUGAUAUAGCCUUUUAAACUGACACUGAUUUAGACAAACCUUCUGAAGGGGAAGUUCAAGAUGCCAGAGAUGUCCAAAAGGUUAAAUAACAAUAGGAUCCAGACAAGAAUGUGCAAAAUGCGGAGCAGACAACAGAUGUGAUAAAUGCCCAUAAGAUAGCAUAAAUCCUGAUGUAGGGAGUUCAUGCAAAUAAUGUCCAGUAUACACAUUUCCUUCACUUGAUCAGACUUUGUAAAUAAAUAUUGCUAUUGAAAUUCAUUAUCAGUUGUAUCGUAUAUGACAGAAUACAGCUCAAGAAUCACAUUUAGGUACACCCUCAUUAACUAGACUCGUAGUCAGUCUGUAGUUAUUACAUUGUUGACAAUUAUUGCGAAAACCAGAUUAUGGGACCUAUUCUUCAUCAUGAGCAGAAUCUAUUGACUUAAUAGCAAACUAGUGAGAUGUUCUUCUUUGCUGAUCAUAAGAAAUUUGAGCUUAGAACUUAUGAGUACCAUGAACUUAAGGAGAGUAAUCAGAUAGGAUAUAUCUUUGGAUUGUUCCCAUUCUAGGAAUCUUCCACUGAAGUCAUAUAAAAUGAGAUCCUCUAAAACAAUGACAAGCUCUCAGAAAAAUGCUUGAGUGCUAUAUCUUUUAUGAGGAUUAAGCAGAAUUUAGGUUCUAAAAUUUCAUAGGUUUUUAAUAUCACAAAAAAUGGUUAUACUGUAAGGUAUGACUAGGGUGAUAAAUGUAAACAUGAUGCUAAAUAGAACUACUCUAGUGAGAUCAGAUAUAUUUGCAAUGUCAAUUCUGAUGAUAUGGGAUGGCCUGUUUACUCUAGCAAGCAAGGUGAUUGCCAUUAUAUCUUUGAGUGGUAAUCUAAAUAUGCAUGCACUUAAUGCCUGAUCAACUAAGUAAUGACUGUUAGAAGUCCCUGCGAGAAUGGAGUCAGAAAUGUAGCUCAUUAUCCACUCGAAAACUGUAUUAUCUAAUCUCAGGCCGAAUUAGUCACAGCUAAGUUGUAUAUUGAAGAUAGUGCUGCUGAUAAUUCUUUGUAUGUUGAUGAUCAAGGUUACUCUGAAACUUGCUAUUUGCAUGAGGAAAUUUUGAUAAAUCCUAUACUGAUUUGGAGUUUAAUUGGAGUGCUAAUAACUUUGCUUUUGCUCAUUGUAAUCAUUUGCAUUGUUUGCCACAAGCAUAAAGACCUAAAGAGCAAAUAUGAUGUUUUAGGAGAUGGUGGAGAAGGUGAUGCUUAAUACGGAGAUUAAAAAAGUCUCAAAUAUGAUUCUCAAACAUGA